CUACUUAUAGACCUGUAGGGAUAUUCCACAUAGGAAAGAAAAGGGACUUGGCUUGUUACUUUUUCAGAGGAGCUUUAGCUGGCGUAUAAUUUUUAUCGCAUCCUCAACCAGGACACACUGGACCGUGGAGACGUCCCCUCCCCAGAAAACUAGUGACUCUGCAACACUAACAGCGGAUUUAUUCAUAUUCAUAUAGUGCACUAAAACAAAAACGUAGAUGAAAAUGAUUUGUUACACUUUGAAAAGUCCAGUUUGAAAAGAUUAGUACACUGGAGCUACCGAAGACCUUGAAACUAAGAAGAUAAAUCAGUAAACAUAACCUCAACUUAUUUAUUCGCCAAGAGUGGGAGCCGCUGAAGUUUUCUGCGUUGGUUUUGUUACUUCUUACCUUCUGGUUUGGGAUGUUGGGAUCUGUGAAAAUGGAAAGUCAUGACGUACCCGACUGGAAUUCCUACUAUGCUGAGCCUGCCGAGGUCUAUCCUUCUGUGAGCACAAUGAACUCUGGACUGGGUGCCAUGAGCAGCAUCAACUCAUACAUGACUCUCAAUUCUGUGGGUUCUGCUGGUACAAUGAAUAUGCCAUACCCCAGUAAUGGACUCAGCAACACUUCAUUGUCUGCACUAACACCCUCUGCCAUGGGUCUUUCAUCAAUGACGUCACCCAUGAACCCAGCUCUGACGUCUUUAGGGAGUCAAGCACAAACUCUGAACUCAUUAUCUCCUUAUCAGAACAUGAGCCAAUCCAUGAGCCCACUGGCAUUUCAGGCAUCGUCUAUCAACCGACCCAAAGAAAUCAGUAAGCCUUACCGACGCACACUGGCUCAUGCAAAGCCACCCUAUUCCUAUAUCUCUCUUAUUACUAUGGCUAUCCAGCAGUCUCCGAACAAAAUGUUAACUCUCAAUGAAAUCUACCAGUGGAUCAUGGAUCUUUUUCCUUACUACAGAGAGAAUCAGCAAAGAUGGCAAAACUCUAUCCGUCAUUCCCUCUCCUUUAAUGACUGUUUUGUAAAAGUUGCCAGGUCUCCUGACAAACCUGGCAAAGGGUCUUACUGGAGCCUUCAUCCAAACUCUGGGAAUAUGUUUGAGAAUGGUUGUUAUCUGCGUCGUCAGAAACGUUUCAAAAUCGAAGAUAAAAUGAAAAAGUCUUCCUCUAAGUCAUCAGCACAAGGUUCCACUUCAAAAAGUCCCGAUGGUAUGCAGGAUGGUCACAGCCCUAAUCCUGGCUCUGAAGGUGCUGAAUCAGUCCAAUCUGAUAAUUCACAUGGUUCUGUGGAGCAAAGAAAUCUUGUGCAACUGGAUUGCACAGGUGUUCAAAGCUCACCCCAAGCUUCUGAAGCCUCACCUGUACACACAUCUCAGGCGAUGACCAACCAUCUCCUCACAACCUCAAUGUCACACUUGGACCUUCAAAAUGAUCUGAAAAUGGACCCUCAUUACAAUUUUAACCAUCCUUUCUCUAUCACUAACCUGAUGUCUUCUGAACAGAAUCACAAGAUGGACCUCAAGGCUUAUGAGCAAAGCAUUGGCUACAGCAACUAUAGUGCAGCACAUGUAGACAAACAUAGCUAUGAAACGUCUGCAAGUCUCACUGAUACCGGAUCGUAUUAUCCAAGUCUCUACAGUAGAUCAGUACUGAAUGCAUCAUAGUGCCUCUCGCAUACUAAUGAAGUGAAGAUAAAUGGUGAAGUACAGACAGGCCAAAGCAAGCCAACCAAGGAAAACUAUCCAUAUCAUGUUAACUUGCUUUAGCUCAAAGACAGCGUGCUCCAAAAUAAACUUUUAUUACUUUUUAAUAUGUGUUUUUUUAACUUCAUUGGAGCAGUUUGGUGACACGAAAUACAUUUCCAGAUCCAAAAUUUCAUUCUCCUGUAUCACUUUUACCUAGUACUUUUAGAGAUUUAUUAAGUUAAAAAUGUCAUAUAAAACAGCCAGACAGUGCCCUAGGAUCACCAUAAAUGCUCCAGACUACACUUUACCACAUGUUAGUCAAAGAAGGAUAUAUACUUUUAUGUAAGUAACAGGAGUAAUCUGAAAUCUCCCAAUAUUAUUGAAUGAGUAUUCUUUCUUUCAGAAGCAGACUGCUGAAAGGUACAGAACCUGGUAAACUGGGAUUCUUUUUGGACUCACUUAUGAAAGUUUUGCUUUAUAUUUAAGUAUCUGCUUUAGAAUUGGGAAAUAGAGUUUGUUAAUAUAUCAGAAUUUUAGAGAUGUGUCUUACGGUUUUAUGUGUUUUUGCUAAUAAAGGUAAUUUAAAAUGGA